GUCGUAAACACAACAGGUUCCACUGGCUGGCGAGUGAAUGAAAUUCGCUGUGAUUCCUGAAAUAUCAUGAAUUAAAAAAAAAAAUUUUGAAAUAAAUGAUAGUGUAAUUGCAUAUAUUUUUCAAUGGUAAUACACAAAGUCUUGUAAAAUCCUCAAGUGAUGUGUACGACAACUUCCUGUAAUGACGGCAUCGAAGUCAUCCAGGUUUUAACAGAUGUACGCAACACCAUCGACGUUUAGUGACUACUAUUUACCUUCUGUACUGUACUAAGUUAUUUCAUGCAGAUGGGCCUGGGUGGUGAUUUGGUUGCAUUAUGGGAGGUUCCACUCAAUGAUGGUGUCCACAAGGUGGGAUUUGAACAUGGCACCACCACAGGUAGAAGAGUGCUGUGGGUGGAUGGAGAGGAGAGAGUACACCAUGACUGGAUGUUUAAAUUGGUUGGAGCUGAAGUUUUUGAAAUAGGCAGUACCAAAUGCGUCAUAAAAAUUGAACCUAUUGGUGGGUUUUCUUAUGAAUAUUCCCUUGAGGUAAAUGGCAAGAGCUACAAAAAAUUUACCGAGAACCAGAGUAAAAUACUCAAGACUUGGUUCUUUCCACAUUUCGGGUCCUUUGUCCGUGUGGUGCUUGAGAAGGACACUUUAGAUGUCUGGGUCAAUGGAAAGAAAUUGGAUACUGCAGGUGAGUUUGUGGAUGAUGGCACAGAGACUCACUUUGACCUUAAUGGUCAACCAGCAUACAUCAAGGCAGUGAGUAGUGGAAAUCGGAGAGAAGGCAUCAUCCAUUCCCUUAUUGUUGACAAUGCAGUGAUUGCCGAGUCAUUGGAGUAAGUGUGUGUGUGUACAUAUUAAGGAUUAUUUUAAAGCUAAUAAUUCAAACUAGAUGUAUGAGUAAAAUCUGCUUUUUAGGCUAACAUGUUCAUACCGCAUGUAUAAGUCAGUUCAGCUAUGUGGUAAGGAAUAGGUUUAUGGCUCACUUUCUCAAACCACCAACAUGAAAAUGAGUCAUCUUCAAACCUUAGCACAUCCAUAUUGUAAGGGUUAAUGAAAAGAAUAGUCAGUAGCUUAUGGCAACUAUGUUUUUUUUUUUUAAUGUUAUUAAAGCUAGUGAAAAGCUUCCAUAAAAAGAAAGGAAAUUUUCCAAUACAGUAUGUCAAGGGAUCGAGUCUCAGCCCGGACACAAGUGAGAAGGGUGUUAUCCAGUGUGACCCUCACUACCAAACACCACAGGUUUCCUGGUCCCCGGUUUCGUUCUGUACUAACACUGGAUCAACCUACUGCCCGAAGGGCAAGUAAGCUGAGAAUUGGCAAAAAAAAAAAAAUAAUAAAAUAAAUAAAUAAAAAUAAAUAAAUAAAUAAAUAAAUAAAAAAUAUAAAAUAAAAUAAAUAAAUAAAAACGAUGUCUAAAAAGCCAUUGAUUUAUUUGUAGUAUUCAUACUGAUUACUGUAUUCCGCUUUAUCAAAGAGUUACGCGAUGCAUUUUAUGGUAUGCAAUUUGCACAGCUCAUUAGUUUAUCUUUGCUGAAAAUGGAUGAUAGUUAAUGUGCUGUGAUUGUUGAUAAUCAGCAUGAUACUAUAGUGCAUUUGAACCUUUAGACCUGAUGCUUCACUAAAACUCAGUUAAUGUAUACAGUAUGUAGAAAAAGUUUGCAUUGAACAUUAAAUAUAUAACUGUUCUUAAAAUAAAGCUUGAAGUCCAUGGUGCAGCUUAAAUAACAGGGUACUGUGGCCUUGUCCUUAGACCAUGGCUAAAUUAAAUUUAAUUGGAAUAUCAGUAAUAUUCAUGACCUCCUUUUACCUGUACCUUUGUCAUUAAUCAUUGAAGCUUCAGUUCUUAUGGCCUUUAUGUACAAUAUUCAAAAAAAGAGAACAAAUAUGAUUAAGCUGAUCAUUAUGUUUAUACACAGUACUGUACUGUGGAACUUACCUGAAAUUAUUAUAUUGUACUGUUCUCUCACUCAGUUUUCCCUGUUCCCACAACUUGAGCAGUUAACUCUUUUGUUACCAAACAACCACAACCAUGGUACCGAUAUAUGCAUACCACAGCCAGCAGUUUUGAUUUACUGUAAAGAAGAGAUAAAUGCAGUUUUACAGUUGCUGACAAAUCUUAGAGAAGGAAAAUUAUGUAUUUGAAUACAGUACAGUCGGCCCUUAACAUACGCGGGGGUUAGGUAACAGAGAUACCCAUGAAUGUUAAAAAUCCGUGUACUA